CCACCUCCAGCUAGGUGCAUCACCCUACAGUUCAGUUAUCAAAACCUUAAUGUUCAGAUACCAGUUCAUCAGUCCUAUUGACAGUUUCAGUAGGAAAAGAAUCGAUCUCGGCAUCAAGCAUAAAGCUACCCGAUGUUCUUGACAAGUUGGAGUGUAGACGGUAGAGUACCAGAAUUGGAUCUUGGAAGCGCUGAGCCCACAGCGUCUAAAGAAAGUGUACACCUGCGGUGGCAAAGAAUCAAUCUGCGUCGCUUGAUUCGAAGCAACACUCCUCAAGAACCUCUCCCGCGCAACCUGGGAAAGGGAUCACCGAACAAAAUCUGCCUUCUUCUUGUAGAUCAAGGAGCACCAGCAUCUCCUUCUCCCUCUCCUUUCCCCUCGAAAGGAAAGCAUUUCUCGUGCAUAGGCAUAGACCAUAGUCCUCGACUAAACUAAAAGGCAGUGCCUUUUCCUUGCUCCAUCAUCGCCAUGGCUUCCGCAACACCUCUUUUUCUUCCCCUCGUUCCGUUCCUCGUUCUUCUCUGCCUCUACCCGGCAUGCGCCGCCGGGAGAGUCUCGGUGUCGGUCUACUACGAGACGUUGUGCCCGUUCUGCUCUGGGUUCGUCGUGAACGACCUCGCCAGGAUCUUCCACGACGGAGUCUCCUCCAUCGCUGACCUCCGGCUCGUCCCUUUCGGCAAUGGGCGCGUCUCGGCCGACGGAUCCAUUACCUGCCAGCAUGGAGAGGACGAGUGCCAACUCAACGCUAUAGAAGCUUGUGUGAUCAGACUAUGGCCUGAUACGGAACAACAUUUCCCUUUCAUUCAAUGCAUUGAGCAUUUAGCACUGACUCAAAAAUGGGACGCCUGGCAGUCUUGCUUUCAGGAAACUGGUCUGGCAUCUCAACCUGUUAUAGACUGCCACAACUCAGGAUAUGGCAGACAGCUUGAACUCCAGUAUGCUGCGGAGACAAAUGCUCUUCAGCCUCCUCAUCAGUUCGUACCUUGGGUGGUCGUUAACGGGAAACCUCUUGGUGAUGAUUACAUGAACUUUGAAGCCUACAUCUGCAGCGCUUAUGCUGGCGAACUUCCAGAGGCAUGCAAGGGGAAGCACCUGGCAAUUGCUCAACAGACGAGAGCGAGCGGAGGAGACAAGAGGAAUCCACAUGAGAUGGCCAUUGCACUUGCAAUUGGUAUUGCCCUAUGGUUCUGAAGCGCCGUCCCAUCAAGGCCAAGUCCAAUUUUUUCAAAAGCAGACAGAUCAUGGAGCUAGGCCAGUAGACUAAUAGAUAACACCAUACCAAAACAGGAACUUGUAAAUUUCUUCAUUCUUCUCCCCUUCAGCAACAGAGGCAAGAAACCAUAUUGCUUCGUUCUGUACUGUUCAGCUGUAAAAAUCAAAAGUGAUUCAU